UGUCGGACUGCGUGCUUCCGCCUCCACGCUGUACGUCACUGACAGCUCCACACGUGACUGAGGCUGUGAUGGCGGAGUUGGAGAACAGCGACAUAAUGAUGACUUACCACGGAGAUUUCCUCAAAAACGAGAGAAAAAGCAGCCGCUACCCGCACUGCAUCGUCUGGACCCCUAUUCCCAUUUUAUCGUGGGUGCUCCCCUUCAUUGGUCACAUGGGCAUCUGCACCUCCACCGGAGUCAUACGGGAUUUUGCAGGUUCCUACUUUGUCUCGGAGGACAAUAUGGGCUUUGGUCGACCUACAAAGUUUUGGAAGCUGGAUGUGGACAAAGUCUGUGGUAACGGUGCCAUCACAUGGGACCAAGCAGUGCAUGAUGCAUCUGAGGAAUAUAAAUGCAGGCCGCACAAUCUGUGCUUUGAUAACUGCCAUUCCCAUGUGGCCAUGGCCUUAAACCUGAUGCGGUACGACAACAGAACCUCCUGGAACAUGGUGAACCUGUGUGUGCUGUCUUUCAUUAACGGGAAACAUGUAAGCUGGGCCGCGUUCCUCAAGACCUGGCUGCCCUUCGUCAUGCUCUGCGGAGUCCUCAUCACCUUCAUCCUAACACUCAACCUUCAUUAGUAAGCAGGAGGAGGCAGCUUUGGUUACACUUACACAGUCAUGGACGUGAAUGAUUUGAUGGGACGUUUGAUAGAGCAAAGAACACUAGACGAAGGACUCCUGUAUAUUUUGUAAUCUAAAUGAAAAACAAUAUGGCUGACAUCCUGCUGGAUGUUGUUUCUAAAUAAUUUAUCUAUUUAAUUUGCUGUCAUAAUUUAGAAAGGCACACAACAAGCUCCACAAAUCCUUCCUUUUGCAGUACAUCCUUUCCAUAUGAUGCCACCAGAGUAAAGCAUAUACAGCAGCUGCGUUGUUCAUGAAUGUAUUUCCAGACACUUAUGAUGAAUCACUACAAAACCAUUUGCAAAAAUUCUAAUGCUGGGAGCCAUCAUCAAUUAUUUGUCCAGGAGACUCGAGCUGUGACCAAAUAAAUAAUGGUGGAAGAACUCCUUGUGAGAAAUUGUUGCAUUGUCCUGCUCUGAAUACAUUUUUCUCUGAUUUGUAAAUAAAGACAAGCUGUGUAUUAUUGGUAUUUAUGUCCAGACAGAAACGGAAUGCUUUCCAUUUG